AUGCAGACUCGCAUGUGCUUCGACGAUGUCGCGUGGGAAAAGAGUGAGGCCAUCCAAGACGAUUGGGUACACGAAUUAUUCAAGAAAGAGACUUUGAUCGCAAUAGGUAAAUUUAUCCUGAAAUAUCGAAGGGGAAAGCCUAUUGAGCUGUGUGAUCCAAAAGCCGGGGCUUUCAAUGUUUCUUUCAGAAUGAAGUUUGAGGACGGCCGUUCUGCAAUCAUUCGAUUUCCCAAACCCGGUGCUACGAUGUUUCCUGAUGAGAAGGUGCGCAACGAAGUCUAUAUAAUGAGGUAUAUACAACAGCAUACGACGAUUCCCGUACCAUUUGUCCUGCACUGGGGCACGAAAGAGGAAAAUCCUCUUGGCCUUGGUCCAUUUGUCAUCAUGGAAUACAUCGACCAUGUAAUGGACUUAAGCGACGUCCUUAACACCCCUGGAUUUGCGGUUAAGGAUCGCCCGUCCCUUGACCUAAACUUCGAUGUCGCCAAGCUUGAAUUGCUAUACGGACAACUUGCGGAUAUAUUGCUCCAGUUAUCCACGCUACAGCUGCCUAGGAUAGGAUCAUUGGUCCAGGUUGAUGAUUUUACCUGGGAGGUGGCACAAAGACCACUAUCCUACAGCGCCAAUGAACUCGUUCGUCUAGGGACUCUUCCGCGCUCGAAGUUACCAAGGAGGAACGAAACCUUUCAGUCAGCAUCAUCCUACUUCAAUACACUGGCAGAUCUCCACCUCGAGCAUCUCACACACCAACGGAACGAUGCUAUAGAAUCCGCAGAUGACUGUCGACGCAGAUAUAUUGCAAGAUUGUUGUUCAGCAAGCUCGCUAGGGAGGGUCGAUUCACGGCUUCUUCCACCAAUCUAGGACCGUUUAACAUCUGGUGUGACGAUCUUCGGCCCUCUAAUGUCUUGGUCGACGAACACCUUCAAAUCGUAGGGGUUGUGGACUGGGAAUUCACUUACGCUGCGCCAGUGGAGUUUUCUCAAGCCCCACCGUGGUGGCUGCUUCUUGAGCAACCAGAGUAUUGGCCGGCGGGGAUGGAGGCGUGGAUAAAGGUGUAUGAGUCACGCCUUCAGACGUUCUUGAAGGUGCUGCGCGAACAGGAGAACGUGGCCAUAGACCGCGGCAGACUGAAAGAUGAACAAAGGCUUUCCCGGCCAAUGCCAACAAAGCUGGGAGAGCGGUGA